AUGACGGAAAUAGGAUUAAAGAUUGCUUAAAAAUACCAAGUUGGAUAAUAAUUUGGAUAAGGAUCAUUCGGUUCAAUACAUAUAGCUACGAAUAUUGAAACUGGUGAAGUGGUUGCUGUGAAAAUGGAAGAUAGCAAAACAAAACAUCCACAAUUAACUUUUGAAGCAAAAAUUUUUAAAGUUUUAUAAGGAAAACUUGGUAUUCCUACAUUAUAUUAUUGUGGAUAAGAAGGAUAGAAAAAUGUAAUGGUUAUUGAUUUAUUAGGACCAUCAUUAGAAGAUUUAUUUAAUUUAUGUUAAAGAAAAUUAUCUUUAAAAACUGUUCUUUUGAUUGUUGAUUAAUUGAUUUCAAGAAUCGAAUCUUUUCAUAACGCAGGUUUCAUUCAUAGAGAUAUAAAACCUGAUAAUUUUUUAAUUGGAUUGGGAAAAAAAUCAAAUUUAAUAUAUAUUAUUGAUUAUGGUUUAGGAAAAAGAUAUUUAGAUUCCAAAACAAAAUAGCAUAUUCCUUAUAGAGAAAAUAAAAAUUUAACAGGAACUGCAAGAUAUGCAAGCUUAAGUGCACAUUUAGGUAUUGAAUAAUCAAGAAGGGAUGAUAUGGAAGCUAUUGGAUAUGUAAUUGUUUAUUUAUUGAAAGGUUCAUUACCUUGGUAAGGAAUUAAAGCAUAAAAUAAAUAGGAAAAAUAUAAUAAAAUUAUGGAAAAAAAAAUGUAAACACCAAUAGAAAUAUUAGCAAAAGGAUUACCUAUUGAAUUUUCUACUUAUAUGAAUUAUUGUAGGUCUUUAAGAUUUGAUGAUAAAAUAGAUUAUUUGCAUUUAAGAAAAAUGUUUAAAGAACUGUUUUAUAGAAAUAAAUAUGAUUGGGACUAUGCUUAUGAUUGGACUUUACCUAUUGAUAAUUAACCAAAAUCCUCAUGGAAAAAUAACAAAAUUACUAUAAAUGUUAAUUCAUAACCUGUUUUAAAUGAAUUAAAUAAUUAAUAUUAAGAAAUAGGUGAUGAUGGAGCACCAAUAACAUUACGUUUAAAUUAAGAUAUCUAAGAUAAAGGGUAAGCAUAACUUUAUAAAUCGGAAUAUGUUAAUUAAAACAAUAAUUAAGGAUUAAAAUCAAAUUAUUUGUAAAAACUAGAUAAGAAUAUGGAAGAAAAUAUAAAUGAUUCAAAUUUACCUUAAUUAAAUGAAAUUAAAUAAAAUAGUUAUAAAGCUGUAGAGUUUUAAUAAGAAGAAAUAUAUAGUACAGCGCAAAAAGAUAAUAAUUAUGAAAAUUAUAAUUAUAAUUAUGAUCCAUAUGAUGCAAUUUCAAACGUUUAAUAAAUACCUAAUAAUCUCUUAAACUUUUCUAAUUAAAAUAAUCUGCCUUAUUAAGGCGAUGAUAUUACUCCAGAUGCAUUUAAACCUACGCCUUAAUAUAUUGAUGAAAAUAUGAAUAAUUAUGGAGAGACAGAUAAUAAUUAUAGUCAUAUUUAAGAUUAUAGAAAUUGA